AUGUGGGUAAGCAUCUCACGAAAACUUGAAGUCCGCCAUCAUACACGGGAGAUAAUCGAGUCUGCCUCACAAGCGGAAUGCCCACGCAUUGAUAACCUUGAUACUCUGCAGCGUAAGUUGUCAGACAUACUGCAAGAAUCAGGGAAAUUACUGCUUGUGUUGGAUGAUGUUUGGUUUGAACCUGGCAGUGAGAGGGAAUGGGAGCAGCUGUUAGCUCCUCUAGUCUCCCAACAUAUGGGAAGCAAAGUUCUGGUAACUUCUCGACGGGAUACAUUUCCAUCUGCUCUUUACUGUGCAGAAGUGUGUCCUCUGGAGAACAUGGAAGAUGUUUAUUUCUUGGCACUCUUCAAACACCAUGCUUUCUCUGGACCAGAAAUUGGAAAUCCACAGUUGCGUGGAAGGCUGGAAGGUUUUGCAGGUAAGAUUGCUAAAAGGCUUGGACAAUCUCCUUUGGCAGCCAAAGUUGUGGGUUCCCAGUUGAAAGGGAAAACAAACAUAUCUGAAUGGAAGGAUGCUCUAACUUUAAUGAUUGACAAAUUAAGUGUGCCUAUGACAGCACUGUUGUGGAGUUAUGAGAAGUUAGAUCCAUAUCUACAAGGUUGCUUCCUAUAUUGCAGCUUGUUUCCAAAAGGACACAAGUAUGUCAUUGAUGAGUUGGUUCAUCUUUGGAUGGCAGAGGGCCUCCUUGAUUCGUGCAACCAAACCAAGAGAGUGGAAGAUAUUGGGAAGGAUUGUUUCCAGGAGAUGAUCUCUGUUUCAUUCUUUCAACCAGUUGAUGAGAAAUACUCUCACACAUACUAUGUUAUACAUGAUCUCCUUCAUGAUCUGGCAGAAUCACUCUCCAAAGAGGACUACUUCAGAUUGGAAGAUGAUAAGGUGACAGCAAUACCAUGCACUGUUCGACAUCUAUCUGUCCGUGUUGAUAGUAUAAUGCAACACAAGCAAAGUAUCAGCAAGCUACAUCAUUUACGCACCAUUAUCUGCAUAGACCCCCUAAUGGAUGAUGUAAGUGACCUUUUUAAUCAGAUACUACAGAAUUUGAAGAAGUUGCGCAUAUUAUUUUUGUCAUCUUACAUCAGUAGCAAGUUGCCAGAAUCUGUUGGUGAGUUGAAGCACCUUCGGUAUUUGAACAUCAUCAGAACACUAAUUUCUGAAUUGCCAAGAUCAUUGUGUACUCUUUACCACUUGCAGUUACUUCUAAUAAAUGAUAAAGUUGUGAGUUUGCCUGAUAAACUCUGCAAUUUAAGGAAGUUACGGCAUAUUGAAGGGCAUGAUUAUAGAAUAUACGAUUCAUUCAAAAAAGCACUGCCUCAAAUUCAUAACGUUGGCAAGUUAACUUCGCUUCAACAGUUUGAGAAAUUUUCUGUGCAAAAGAAAAAGGGAUGUGAUUUGCAAGAGCUGACGGAUAUGAACGAGAUCCAUGGCAGUUUAAGUAUCACAAAUCUUGAGAAUGUCAGUGGGAAGGAUCAAGCCUUAGAAUCGAAGCUGCAUCAGAAAAGUCAUCUUAGCAGCUUGCACCUUGUCUGGAGUUGCAAGACUAACACAAAUGCAGAGAAUAAUGUACAUUUGGAGAUCCUAGAAGGCUUGAUGCCACCGCCUCAACUUGGGAAUCUUACAAUUGACGGUUACCAAUCUUCAAAAUUUCCAGGCUGGUUACUUGAUGGUUCAUAUUUUGAGAAUUUGGUAUCAUUAUUCUUUGAAAAUUGCAGCACAUUGCAAAGCCUACCAUCCAAUACAGAGUUAUUUGGGAAUUGCACUUCACUUGUCCUCCGUAAUGUGCCAAACUUGAAUAGAUUACCUUUUCUUCCACUAGGCCUUCAGUUGUUAAGGAUAGACAACUGCCCACUACUUAUAUUUAUUUCCACUGAUGACUUGGAGCAUCAUGAUCAGAGAGAGAAUGUCAUGAGGACAGACCAUUUGGCAUCACAACUUGGUUUAAUCUGGGAUGUGGAUUCAGGGUCACAUAUUAGGAGUGUACUCUCAUUGGAACUUUUAUUUCUAAAACAGCUAAUGAUAUUGAUGCAUGCUGAGGUGUCACAUGUUCAAAACCUUGAGAGUGCUCUAGAAAGAGAGGAAGGUGAAGUACUGGUAAAAGGGGAUAUCAUCAAGGCAUGGAUACACUGUCACGAGCAGAGGAUCCAACUCGUGUAUAGGAGCAUUGAGCAGCCGCUGGUCGCACCAUCAGGACUUCAUAAACUUUCUCUUUAUUUAUGCAGUAUUACAGAUGGAGCUUUAGCUGUUUUCCUUGAUGGCCUAGCUUCACUGAAAACAUUGUUUUUAGAAGAGAUUAUGACUUUAACCACACUUCCUUCAGAAGAGGUUCUCCAACAUUUGACAAAACUUGACUUCUUAUUCAUCAAAUAUUGCUGGUGUCUCAGGUCAUUAGGGGGUUUACGAGCUGCUACCUCUCUUUCAGAUUUUAGAAUGAGUUCCUGCCCUUCUUUAGAAUUGGCACGUGGAGCAGAAUGUUUGCCAUUAUCCCUUGAGCGCCUCAGUAUAUUCGACUGUGUGCUUGGAGCUGAGUUCCUCUUCACCGACUGGCCAAAGAUGAAUUAUAUUCUCAUAGGCAGUUACAGAAGCACGGCAUGCUUGUCUGUUGGUAGUCUCACCUCUGUUAAAUCAUUCAUACUGUAUCACUUGCCAGAUUUAUGUACGCUUGAAGGAUUGUCUUCCCUGCAACUUGACCAUGUACAUUUGAUUGAUGUUCUGAAACUCACCCCUGAGUGUAUCUCCCAGUUUCAAGUCCAGGACUCACUCUAUGUUAGUAGUCCUGUAAUACUCAACAACAUGCUCUCGGCUGAAGGUUUCUCACUUCCAGCAUUUCUCUCUCUUGAAGGAUGCAAGGACCCACUUGUUUCAUUGGAAGAAUGCACAAAUUUCGCAUCAGUCGAGACCCUAAGAUUUGGUGGUUGUCAAAUGACUUCCCUGCCAACAAAUCUGAAUUGCUUCUCCAAUCUGAAGAGUCUCGACAUCUAUAGCUGCCCCAACAUAUCAUCUUUACCAGAUCUGCCAUCCUCCCUCCAGUACAUAUGUGUAUGGGGUUGUGAGCUCUUGAAGGAGAGCUGCGGGGCACCUGAUGGAGAAAGUUGGCCAAAGAUCGCGCAUAUCCGCUGGAAGGAAUUUAUAGUGUGA